GUUCACAAGCCAAAAUCUUUUUAGUUUUUCCAAAUCACAUUUAGAUUGGUUCUUUGUCAUUAAUUUCAAUUCAACAUGGCAAACUUUCAUAUUGAUGAGAAUGUUAUGAUGGAGCUAGUUUGUGAAACUCAUAAUCCUGACGGUACAAGCUUCAAUUCUAAUGUUGUUCUUAGUGCAAUUGAGAAAAUUCUCAACUCUGAAAAGGCGGUAGAUAAAGAAGCCACGGAAGAGAUGCUAGGGGAGUUUGAUCUCAAUUUUAGGGAGCUUUUUUUUAAAAUACAACACCUUUGUUUUGAGCAAAUAUCCAAGUCAUCAAGCAUCAUAGAUGGACACCUUAUCACAAUAUGUCUAUUAAGCACAUUAUCUGUGUAUUCAUGGGAGGCGAAGAUGGUGCUAAUGCUGGCAGCCUUUUCCAUUAGCUUAGGAAAACUCAACAUUUUUUCUCGACUACGCUAUAGAAAAGGGUUGGCAAAGCAGUUGUCAAUCGUCACACAAAUCACAAAUUCAACAUCUAAUGACCCAAAUUGGCCAAUUGAUGAUUUGAUAAAGUGUUCCAUGGAUCUCACCAAAUGCAUUGUUGAGAUUAAUCAAUCAUCAUCAGAUUCCUUGUCCCAAUCAGUUAGUUUGGCAUUACCAAUGGCUAGCUAUUGGAUCGGUAGAAGCAUUGCUUGUAUUGUGGCCUCUUGUGCUUGUCUUCCUCUGACAAACAUCAAGUUUCAAAGUGAACUGAACAUUAUAACGGCCAAGAUCAAAGAUAUACUACUCUUCACUUGUUUCCCAGCACUAGAAGCGAAGAAAGCAGAAGAAUCUUAUCAAGCACUAAAGCAUGUUUUAUUUCACAACUCUUCUGAUAAAUUGGAAGUUUUAAAGUUAAUAUUAAAUGUCAUUGGUGAGAGUGAGAUUUCACUUUCUAGAAGGUUUCGUAACGAGGUCCAAAAAUUUUGGAUUAAAUUUUUUUGAUGAUAAGAGUAAAAAAGUGGCGCUGUUACUAACAUCAGGCCUUGACAUCUCUAAUGAGAGGAUUCAAUUUCUCAAUGACUUUUACAUGCAUUCAAAUUCAACUCCAUAUAUACUUUGGAUUCCGAUUGUGGAUGAUCAUGCAGCGUGGUCGAUUGAGCAAUAUGAAGAAUUUAGAGAUAAAAUGAAGUUU